CUGCUGACGGUAACGGACGCGGCUUCCGGGCGCCGAGUUCGAAGAGGCGGCAGCCGCUGAUUGCGCCGCUAUGACCCAGUCAGUGGUGGUGCAGGUGGGGCAGUGCGGGAACCAGGUGGGCUGCCGCUUCUGGGACCUGGCGCUGCGGGAGCACGCUGCCGUCAACAAGAAAGGGAUUUAUGAUGAAGCAUUAAGCAGUUUCUUUAGGAAUGUGGAUACAAGGAGCGGUGGCGAUGGGGCUGAUAUUUACCAAGGAAAAAUCUGCUCUUUAAAAGCACGGGCUCUGUUGAUUGACAUGGAGGAGGGUGUGGUAAAUGAAAUUCUGCAAGGACCAUUGAGGGAUGUGUUUGAUAGCAAGCAGCUUAUCACAGAUGUUUCUGGUUCAGGAAACAACUGGGCUGUAGGCCAUAAGGUGUAUGGCUGUCAGUACAGGGAAAGCAUUGUGGAAAAGCUGAGGAAAGCAGCAGAACAUUGUGACUGUCUGCAGUGUUUCUUCAUCAUUCAUUCUAUGGGAGGUGGGACAGGAUCUGGGCUUGGAACUUUUGUACUAAACUUACUUGAGGAUGAAUUCCCAGAAGUGUAUAGAUUUGUUACUUCAGUCUAUCCCUCUGGUGAAGAUGAUGUUAUUACUUCUCCAUAUAACAGUGUUCUGGCAAUGAAGGAGCUUAAUGAACAUGCAGACUGUGUGCUACCAAUAGAGAAUGAAUCUCUGUUUGAUAUAGUUAAUAAAAUUCAUCAGAUGAUCAAUUCUGGGAAGCUGGGGUCAACUGUGAAGCCAAAGAGUUUGGUAACAUCAAGUGCAGGCGGUGCAAGAGCUGUGCAGGAGAAGCCAUUUGAUGCAAUGAACAAUAUCAUAGCCAACCUGCUGCUGAACCUGACAAGUUCUGCAAGGUUUGAAGGUUCCCUUAACAUGGAUCUGAAUGAAAUCAGCAUGAAUUUGGUUCCUUUUCCUCGGCUUCAUUACUUAGUUUCGAGCUUGACUCCUCUGUAUACACUGGCUGAUGUUAAUGUACCUUCGAGAAGGUUGGAUCAGAUGUUUUCAGAUGCUUUUAGUAGAGAUCACCAACUAAUUCAAGCAGAUCCAAAGCACAGCCUCUACCUUGCCUGUGCACUUCUGGUCCGAGGAAACGUGCAGGUGUCAGACCUCCGCAGAAAUAUUGAGAGGUUGAAGCCUUCCCUGCACUUCAUCUCCUGGAAUCAAGAGGGCUGGAAAACGAGUUUGUGUUCAGUACCUCCAGUGGGCCAUUCCCAUUCCCUUCUGGCUUUAGCAAACAACACCUGUGUGAAACCAACUUUCAUGGAACUUAAAGACAGAUUUAUGAAACUCUACAAGAAAAAGGCUCACCUUCACCAUUAUCUGCAUAUAGAGGGGAUGGAACAGAGCUGUUUCUCUGAAGCCAUAGCAUCUUUAUCUGACCUAAUAGAAGAGUACAAUGAACUGGAUGCCACAAAAGGUGGGCCUAGAACAGAUGCACCAAGACUGAAGAUAGUUGUGUAAAAAAGGAAGAACCAGUUUAUUUUUUGACAUCUCCCCCAAGCAUCCAACCACUUCAGUUUAAGCAGAGUGAGCUGCAGCAUAUUGUAAUUCCAAAGGAAGCCUGGGACAGCAGCUUCCUCAGCUCUGAGAGGACAGGCCCAGCCUGUAAGAUUGCCACCAUAAGGUAACUUGAAAUCUUUCUAACUGUACAGUAAAUUACCAUACUAUGUGCUGUCAAGAAAGAGCUUGUGGCAGCCAAAACUGUCACUUCUUUCUUAGCCUUUGAGCUGGCAUCAAACUAAAAGUAGACCUUGCUUCAAAGAAGGGUCACUGUUGCUAGGUUGGUUUUUUAACAAGCCACUGUGAAGAGAAGAAAAGCACACAGUUCUCAAAGAUGAAAGCAAGGCUCUAAUGAAAUUGAUUUCUUAAAUUCUUCAGGAUAGUAGCCAUUCCAGAGUGCUCUAAGUUGUGCUUGUAGGCUUAAUUUUGCUUCCAUGUUGUACUUAUAGUGGAGCAUUCUGAGUUUAUAUCAAUAUUAGCAAUAUCAGAAAAUUCAACACCAUUUUAUUUCAAGUAUGGUACUUGGAGUAUUAAUUACCAUUUUAAUGAUUCAUGGCCAAGAAUGAUGAGUUGCACUUGAUAAUACAAUAUACCUCUGAGCAAAACAUACACUUACAGUGAAGUUAUAAUGGCUGUUUGGAGAACAAAGUUUGCAUGCUUAAAAGAAUGCAAGCAAGAGAGAUGGUUUAUUAUUUAUAAUUACCAGGGUAAGUAGAGUUUUAUAUUACAGUAAGAACUUCUACACAAGAGAAUGUGCUGCUGUUUCCAGAUCCUUGCCUGUCUCAGGACAGCAAUAGCAGUGAACUGUUACAAACCAGAAUGGAUCAAUACAAUAAUUUCUUAAGGCUGUAAAUCCUUCUAGCAGAGCUGGAGUCAGGUAUACAAGUAAGCACAAUUUUCAGUGUACAAGUCCAGAAGUGUUUGAUAAAGCAUUGUGGUAACA